CAAACCCUAAUUUUCAAACCAAACCACGCGCCCAUUUCUAACCGUUUAAACCCCAUUUCAUACUCUAAACUCUGAAGAUAACGUUUUCCCUCUUCUUCUUUCAGUUGUUCUUCUUGACUUCUCAAACUCCACCAACAUGAAUACAUUCCUUGAAAAAGAACCUCGCUUAUCUGCGCCAUGAAUCACCUCCAAGAGAGCAUAUUGUCAUCUUCUGCUGCCCCUCCCCUUACCUAUAUUGUUUAUUUCUUCUUUUUCCUGUUCAUCUAUUCUUAGCAAUCUCGUGCUAACUUAAGCUCCCACCAUGAAUUUUCUUCCAAGAAAGUUUCUUGUUUUAUUCUCUCUCUUCGUUUUCUUUGAGUUUUCAAUUGUUGCGAUGGCGUCUGCGGAGAAUUUGAAGUUUGAUUUCCGUUCUUUCACUCUCCGGAAUCUCACUCUCCUCGGCGACUCUUACCUCAGGAACGGUGUCCUCGGUCUUACACGGGAGAUUGGUGUCCCCUCGUCGAGCUCUGGUAGCGUCAUCUGCAAUUCCCCCGUUUCUUUCUUCGAUCCUGUAACGAACAUCACAGCUUCUUUUUCGACGAGGUUCUCCUUCUCAAUUACCAACGUCAGUUCAGGCUCAUAUGGUGAUGGGUUGACGUUCUUUUUGUCCCCAAAUAACCGGACCCUCGGAAGUUCAGGAGGGUUUUUGGGUCUUGUUAAUUCGUCCCAACUGACCAAGAACAGAUUUGUCGCGGUUGAAUUUGAUACCCGUUUAGACUCCCAUUUCAACGAUCCUAAUGAUAACCACAUUGGGUUGGAUAUUGAUACUUUGAAUUCAAUCAAGACGGCAGACCCCACGUUGCUGGGCAUAGAUCUCAAGAGCGGCAACCUGAUAACAACGUGGAUUGAUUACAAAGACGAUCAGAAGAAAUUGAACGUUUGGAUGAGUUACUCAAAUUCCAAGCCAGAGAAGCCAGUUUUGUCAGCUGAUACGGACCUCUCGGACUAUCUCAAAGGAGUUAUAUAUGCGGGGUUCUCUGCGUCCACUGAAGGGAGCACCGAGCUCCACCUGAUUCAAGAUUGGACCUUUCAGACGUUUGGGUUUCAACCUGUGAAACCAUGGUAUCAGCCACACAAUGUGUCUGAUAACUCUGUCACUGUAACGCCACUAAUUCCCGCCUCUAAUUCUACCAGCAAAAGACGUAAGAAACUUGGUUUAGGCUUUGGAAUUGCUGGGCCGGCCUUCUUCUGCGUGGUUCUUUUGGUAUUUGGUUGGAUUUCUCUUAAGAAAUGGAAGGAAAUUAGAACAGAUAAGAGCUUCAAAUCAGAGCUUCUGAAAGGCCCAAGAGAAUUUAGUUAUAAAGAGCUAAGAUCUGCCACAAAAGGGUUUCAUUCCAGCCGAAUCCUAGGUCACGGAGCGUUUGGGACUGUUUACAAAGCCAUUUUUCCUGAGUCCGGCGUCAUUUGUGCAGUUAAACGAUCGAAACAUACCCACGAAGGCCAAACUGAAUUUCUUGCUGAACUGUCCAUAAUAGCUUGUCUGAGACACAAAAAUCUAGUCCAACUUCAAGGUUGGUGUGCUGAGAAGGGUGAGUUACUGCUCGUGUAUGAAUUUAUGCCCAAUGGAAGCCUUGAUAAAGUCCUCUACCAAGAAACUGAGGGGAUCUCACUAAAAUGGCCUCAGAGGUACAACAUUGCUUUGGGGAUAGCCUCUGUUCUUUGUUAUCUACACCAAGAAUGUGAACAGCAAGUUAUCCACAGAGACAUAAAGGCCAGUAAUAUAAUGUUGGACAGGAAUGUUAAUCCAAGGCUGGGGGAUUUUGGUUUGGCGAGGCUCACGGAGCAUGAUAAGAGCCCUGUUUCAACCUUAACUGCCGGAACAAUGGGGUAUCUCGCCCCUGAGUAUCUCCAAUAUGGGAAAGCAACUGAAAAGACCGAUGUUUUCAGCUAUGGUGUGGUUAUUCUCGAAGUGGCUUGUGGAAGGAGGCCUAUAGAGAAAGAAACAAAUAGCCAGAAGAUGGUUAAUUUGGUGGAUUGGGUUUGGAGUUUGUACUCCAGGGGCAAACUCACUGAAGCGGCAGACAGUAGGUUGAAUGGGGAGUUUGAGAAGGAGGAAAUGAGAAAGUUGUUGCUUGUGGGCCUGAGCUGUGCAAACCCAGAUUGCACUGAAAGACCUUCAAUGAGGAGGGUCCUCCAGAUCCUAAACAAUGAAGCAGAGCUUCCAAUUGUACCAAAGACAAAACCUAGUCUAACAUUCUCUAACAGCUUGCCGUUGAGUCUCGAGGAUAUUGUCUUUGACUGUGAAGACUCUAAGGCACCCAGCCCUUUCUAUGAGAUCAAACCCAACUGAGGAAAACAGAAAAGAAUUUGCAGACCAUGGUGACUUUGUAUUGAAGAGAAGUAUUUGUAUUAUAGUUGAGAAGAUGGAAAAUUCUUAGAGCCAAUUGACUUGGCAGAAUGUCUAAGGGAGUAAUCUGUUGGUGUCCAAUUUAAUCUACUGAACCUACUGCCGUCAUCAAAGGAAUUUUGAAUAAACUGAGCAAAAGAGAUGAGGAGUGCACUGUUCUUUUUUCCUUUUUCUUUUAUCUUAUGUUUAGUUCUUUCAUUUAGCUUUAAAUGUAUAUCAACACAAGUGUGGUAAUCAAAGCACUUGCAAUGAUUGUUUCUCUGAUUUUUUUUCUCUUUCUGGAUAACUGAUUCUUUCUGUAGUGAGUAGAUUGGUAUGUUGCUUCUUUAGCAAUGACACAUGGAAAUACAGUGAUAUCCCACAUGUAAUUAGUAUCAUUUGCAGGGUGAAUAACUUGAUGAGAAAUCAAUGUUUCUUUC